AUAAAUUUUCUAUCCAUGCUCAAUCCACUUAUUGGAGCUCAUCUUCAAUGCUUCGAAAUUAGAACUGUUGGUAGAAAGCAGAUCACUGCAGCCAACUAUUCAGAAAUCAUGUCUAGGCUUUUGGCUCAAUCAAUUGAUGUCCCACGUUUAGUGGCUGGGCAAAGGAAUGUUCAGCAUAAGGGGUCUAAAAAAUCAAGAAGAUCAGUGAAAAUGAUGUGUACUUUACGGGCAUCUGGAGUAGGAAUGAUUGGUUUCUCAGGAUUACGAACCAUUAAUCCCUUGGACACAAUGUUAAGAUCUGAACAAGAUUUUUAUUCUAAGGUGUCAAUUGCAACAUCUUUUAGACGAGGAAGGGCCAGCAGAUGUGUACCUAAAGCCAUGUUUGAGCGUUUCACAGAGAAGGCAAUCAAAGUGAUUAUGCUUGCACAGGAGGAAGCUAGACGUCUUGGUCACAAUUUUGUUGGAACAGAGCAGAUUCUAUUGGGUCUCAUUGGCGAAGGCACUGGUAUUGCUGCUAAGGUUCUGAAGUCUAUGGGGAUCAACCUUAAAGAUGCACGUGUGGAAGUGGAGAAGAUAAUUGGAAGGGGUAGUGGAUUUGUUGCUGUUGAAAUUCCAUUCACACCUCGAGCAAAGCGGGUAUUGGAACUCUCACUUGAAGAAGCCCGCCAACUUGGACACAACUAUAUUGGAUCUGAGCAUUUGCUUCUGGGUCUCCUUCGUGAGGGCGAAGGUGUUGCAGCACGUGUUCUUGAAAACCUGGGUGCUGAUCCAACUAAUAUUCGCACACAGGUUAUUCGCAUGAUUGGUGAGAGUGCUGACAGUGUCACUGCUACUGUGGGCGCAGGAAGCAGUGGCAAUAAAAUGCCAACUUUGGAGGAAUAUGGUACCAAUUUGACCAAGCUAGCUGAAGAGGGAAAAUUGGACCCUGUUGUUGGAAGGCAGCCGCAAAUUGAACGUGUCACUCAAAUUUUAGGGCGCCGCACUAAAAAUAAUCCUUGUUUAAUUGGAGAACCUGGUGUUGGGAAGACAGCAAUUGCUGAGGGUCUUGCUCAGAGAAUUGCAAAUGGUGAUGUACCUGAAACCAUAGAGGGAAAGAAGGUUAUAACCCUUGAUAUGGGUCUACUUGUUGCUGGAACUAAAUAUCGUGGAGAGUUUGAGGAGAGAUUAAAGAAGCUAAUGGAGGAAAUCAAACAAAGUGAUGAGAUAAUACUUUUCAUUGAUGAAGUGCACACUCUAAUUGGAGCUGGAGCUGCUGAAGGAGCAAUUGACGCUGCAAAUAUAUUAAAACCAGCUCUUGCAAGAGGUGAACUGCAGUGUAUAGGAGCCACAACUCUGGAUGAAUAUAGGAAACACAUUGAAAAAGAUCCAGCAUUGGAGAGGCGGUUCCAACCAGUUAAAGUACCGGAACCUACUGUGGAUGAGACAAUACAAAUUCUGAGAGGGCUUAGAGAACGUUAUGAGAUUCACCACAAACUCCGGUACACUGAUGAAGCUCUUGUAGUUGCUGCUCAGCUCUCUCACCAGUAUAUCAGUGAUCGAUUUUUGCCCGACAAAGCUAUAGAUUUGGUUGAUGAGGCUGGAUCCCGAGUUCGACUCCAACACGCACAGUUACCUGAAGAAGCUAAAGAGCUGGACAAAGAGGUGAGGCAGAUCGUGAAGGAGAAAGAAGAAGCUGUCCGCAACCAAGACUUUGAAAAAGCAGGAGAGCUACGAGAUAGAGAAAUGGAUCUUAAGGCACAAAUCUCAGCACUUGUAGAGAAAGGCAAGGAGAUGAGCAAGGCUGAGAGUGAGGCAGGAGAUGUAGGUCCAGUUGUUACUGAAGUUGACAUCCAACACAUCGUCUCUUCUUGGACUGGUAUCCCAGUUGAGAAAGUCUCAACAGAUGAAUCUGAUCGCCUCCUUAAGAUGGAGGAGACCCUACACAAAAGGGUUGUUGGUCAGGAUGAAGCAGUGAAAGCCAUUAGUCGGGCUAUACGCCGAGCCCGGGUUGGGUUAAAGAACCCGAAUCGUCCCAUUGCCAGCUUCAUAUUUUCUGGUCCAACUGGUGUAGGGAAGUCUGAGUUGGCAAAAGCAUUGGCUGCAUACUACUUUGGCUCUGAAGAAGCCAUGAUUCGGCUUGACAUGAGUGAAUUUAUGGAAAGGCACACUGUCUCUAAGCUCAUUGGUUCCCCUCCUGGAUAUGUCGGUUACACUGAAGGUGGCCAGUUGACUGAGGCAGUUCGGCGUCGGCCCUAUACUGUAGUCCUCUUUGAUGAAAUCGAGAAAGCUCAUCCUGAUGUAUUCAACAUGAUGCUUCAAAUUCUUGAAGACGGAAGGCUAACAGACAGCAAGGGCAGAACUGUGGACUUCAAGAAUACACUUCUGAUAAUGACUUCAAACGUAGGAAGCAGUGUGAUUGAGAAAGGUGGCCGUCGAAUAGGAUUCGACCUUGACUAUGAUGAGAAGGACAGCAGCUAUAACCGUAUCAAGAGUCUGGUGACUGAGGAAUUGAAACAAUACUUUAGACCAGAGUUUUUGAAUAGGUUAGAUGAAAUGAUUGUUUUCAGGCAACUCACAAAGCUGGAAGUGAAGGAGAUUGCUGAUAUAAUGCUGAAGGAAGUCUUUGACAGAUUAACCAAAGAAAUUGAACUUCAAGUUACCGAAAGGUUUAGGGAUAGAGUGGUCGAGGAAGGUUAUAAUCCCAGUUAUGGAGCCAGGCCUUUAAGAAGAGCCAUAAUGCGACUUUUGGAGGACAGCAUGGCUGAGAAGAUGCUUGCUAGAGAGAUCAAGGAGGGUGAUUCUGUUAUAGUGGAUGUCGAUUCUGAUGGGAAUGUGAUUGUGCUGAAUGGAAGCAGUGGUGCUCCAGAGACCUUGCCGGAGGCUAUCCCUGUAUAAAAUGGCCAUCUUAACAGGUUGCCCUUGUAGAGAUGAUGCUCGUAUUCAUGUCUUACUGAAACAUUUCUCAUGUUUGGUCUUUUUUGAAAGUGAACCAAAUCUUUUUACUAUUACUGAUGGACAGGAAAAAGCCUGUGUUUGUUCUAGCUGGGAUAACUUGAACUUGUAGAUAUGCGUUUGCGAUUGUGUAAUAUUAUGAAUUAUCCCAGCUUUACAGUAUGAAUGCGGGGUGGUGUCAUGACUCAUGAGUUGAGAUGGCAAGAAUACUUGUUAACCCGAACAUGCUUGUAUGACAAGGAAAAAUUCUCUUGACGGGGAUACUAAAGUGGUAACAUCGCACUAUUGUUACUUGGCUA